UUCUCAAGCAGGUUAAUCAUUAAUUUGUGAAUUUAAAUCAUUCGGAGAUAAGAGGAAAAAUAUAAAAGCUAUGUUUUCCACAUAGCUUUCUGCUGAUCAUCGCUGACUCCAAUUAUGAAGUGGAUCAUUUUACUCUCUCUGUUUGCAGUGGCAUUCACUGCCCCUAUUGAUGAGGAGGAUAAGAUUGUUGGAGGAUAUGAGUGCAGAAAGAAUGGUGUGCCCUAUCAGGUGUCUCUGAAUGCUGGAUACCACUUCUGUGGAGGCUCUCUGAUUAGCAAUCUGUGGGUUGUGUCAGCUGCUCAUUGUUAUAAGUCGCGUAUCGAGGUGCGUUUGGGUGAGCACAACAUCGAUGCCAACGAAGGAACUGAGCAGUUCAUUAGCUCCGCAAAAAUCAUCAGGCACCCCAGUUACAGCAGCAGCACACUCAACAAUGAUAUCAUGCUCAUCAAGCUUAGCAAGGCUGCAACCCUGAAUAGCUAUGUGAAAACUGUGGCUUUGCCCUCUGGCUGCGUUCCUGCUGGAACGAUAUGUCUUAUCUCUGGAUGGGGAAACACCCUCAGCAGUGGCACAAACUACCCUUCCAAUCUGAGGUGCUUGGAUGCCCCAAUCCUGAGUGACACCACUUGCAGAAAUUGUUACCCUGGAGAGAUCACUUCCAACAUGUUCUGUGCUGGCUUCCUUGAGGGAGGCAAAGAUUCUUGCCAGGGGGAUUCAGGUGGCCCAGUUGUGUGUAAUGGUCAGCUGCAGGGAAUAGUGUCCUGGGGAAUUGGCUGUGCUCUCAGGAAUAAGCCUGGUGUCUACACCAAAGUCUGCAACUACGUUUCCUGGAUCAGGGACACCAUGAGCCGCAACUAGUUCCUUGAGAUGUUACAUUUGUGUGACAUUAUAGAUGCUCAUUACAACAACAGCAAAUGUACCUGAACAAAUAAACUGAAUACCUUUUACCUCUGCAAA